GUCGGUGUGACCCCUACGGAAUAAUCGCUAGCCCAUGAACUUUUUCUCACGGACUAACAUGAAACGAUUUCUGCCAGCUGGCUCAUAAGGUGUUGUCCCAUCUCGGUUCUUGUCUCUUCAGAACGUCCGCAUCCAAAACUCAGAUAUCCCUACAUAGAUCAAGAUCCGAUACGGAAAGAUGGAACGUCAACUACCAACGCGUGGGGUACGCGUUCUUGAUACACAGAUAGCACCAGAGCGCCAUGGAGUGAAGCGUGAAUACCACGACCCGAGUACGCCUUCUGCGGACAGUACACAAGUAAACGAGGGUUUCAAAUUCCUGGCUGUGCCUACCGAGACCGAUGAUCUUGAAGCGACAUGUACGAAGCUUAAAGAGCUAGCUAAAACCGUCGAGCAAGGCAACAGUCUCGCACUAUUCACGGGACUGAAAUUGGCAACAUACCCAUCGAAAAGCGACCCGGAGAGCGUGGCCAUGAGCCAGCUGACACCGGAAGAGCUGUGGAUGUAUGAGACCUGGAAGGAGAUGAAGAUGAUACAAGACGCCGAGUCAACAGAUGGUGACCGUUCCUGCGGCGAAGAGGAUCGCAAUGGUAUGAAACUCCCAUACUUCGACUGGGAACAGAACGUGGCGCCGGUGCCCCAGGGAGCUCAGAGUCUCAAGAGGUUUACGCAACGGGCGGCGGCCAUGGAUGUGGUCUUUGGCCAUCAAGGCGCUACACCUGAAAAUGCUUCCUGGCUCACGUCGCACAUGACAUUCAUGUUACCCCUUGUCAAAGCUGUUACAAAGAUCACCAACAUUAAGAAGAACCUCAAAAAUAAUCAUCAGUCGCGGCAUACGCGUGGACUGACAGACAUGGAGGCGGCUGAGGUUGAAACGGCGCGCAAAUUGGUAGCUAUCGCGACUAAAAAUCGGGCUCGCGAAAUGGAGAAGAUUCGCCGAUUAACUAAAUCGAUCGAGGAAGAUGCUUUAAUAAUCAGAGGCCGCGCCGAAGCUCUGGAGAGAUCGAGGCACACCUCGACUGUGCCCCAUCGAUGAGGGUAUACUGUGCGAUCUAUUUCGUAUAGAUCAGGCAGGAGAAGCCCAGACCAGGGCAGAGAGUCCCAAGGGUUGUAAGAGACAUCACCAGAGCACGCGACCUCGUAUCAGAGGGUCUUUUCCGAUGGAACCCGUAUUAUUGCAGUUGUUACCGUUCGUAUGUGCUUAUCAGGAUACGAAGGGAUAACUACGACCAAAUGAAGUUAUAGUACUAUAGUAGUAUUUAGUAUCCGCUAACUGGCUAUGACGCCACAGCGAAUAUGAAACUGGGGUAUGGACACCCCAUCUCUAGUCUUUCUUG